AUGGUGCACCUCUUGUUAACUUCAAUCAAGAAAGAGAUUAAUUGUACCGUUUCUAAAAGAUACUUUUGUCACACAUUUUCUUCUAUGGCACCUCAACAAGAUCUUGCUAAGAUAGGGUUAGAAGGCUUUGCUCUAAUUGAUGCGUUUUAUGGUCCACGUCCACCAUCAAAAAUGUCCUCUAAUGGGGGAAGGAAGAGACAGGUUCAUAACAAAGAUCAGUACAACAAGGAAGAGAUCAAUAGCAUGGAUGCAGCUUAUAAUUAUGGUGGAAUUAUGGUUGUCAAUUAUCCUAAACCUAAGAACCGUUGGGGUAAUAUCUUUAAGGCCUUCAAAUCUUGA